AUGGCGCUCAGCAAUUUUCUCUUCGCUCAGUGCAUUUGCUACUUCCUGGCCUUCCUCUUCAGCUUCAUCGUGGUGGUGCCUCUCUCCGAGAAUGGCAAUGACUUCCACGGCCGGUGCCUGCUUUUCACCGAGGGCAUGUGGCUGAACGCCAACCUGACGGUGGAGCGGCAGCGCUUCACGGUGCAGGAGUGGGGGCCUGAGGCCGCCUGCCGAUUCAGCAUCUUCACCGGGCUCCUCUCCCUGCUGCUGGCCACAGUGCAGGCCUGGAGGACCCUCUUCUUCCUCUGCAAAGGGCACGAGGACUCUUUCUUUUAUGCCUUCCUGAAUCUGCUGAUCAGCGCCUUUGUGGUGUUCAUCACAUUUAUUGCUAGCACUAUAGUGAGUGUAGGAUUUAACAUGUGGUGUGAUGCAAUUACCGAAAAAGGAACCAUGCCAAAUAGCUGUGAAGAAUUACAGGAUAUAGAUCUUGAACUGAAUUUAGAAAACUCUGCUUUCUACGACCAAUUUGCUAUUGCACAGUUUGGUCUCUGGGCUGCCUGGCUGACUUGGCUGGGAAUUACCAUUCUGGCUUUUCUGAAGGUUUAUCACAACUACAGACAGGAGGACCUGCUAGAUAGCCUGAUCCAUGAGAAGGAGCUGUUGCUAGGAAGAUCUUCUUCACGAACCUCUUUGCAAGAUGAGAAAAGUGGCAUGAUCUAG